AUGUCUCGGGAGAACGUGCGUUCUACUCGCCUGCUUCUGGGCUCGGCCGCCGGUGGCGCAGUUGCCGCGGCGGCCGUGCCAGGGUUGGCCUCGUGGGCAUUUCUGGCACCUUCAUCGAGCGACGGCAUUGAGAAAACACUGCCCCGGUCCCUCCGAGGAGGUGCAACGCAAGAGCCCACGGUGCCAGCGCAGCAUGCCAAAGGAGCUUCCCACUCCUGGACGUUUUUGACUGCCGGAGCCGUUGCCGGUGUUGCCGCACGGCGCCGUGCGACCUUGGCACGAGGCCCAGAGGCGCUCCCCAGCACGCGACCCGCCCCCCGCGCCCUCCGCCGUGCUGUGGAAUCGGGUGACCUCGGGGCCAUUGCCCAGGUUGCAGCCACCGAUCCUCAGGCGGCCGUCGUGGCUAUGCAGGUGGCAACCCAGGCGGCCACGGAUGCCCUGAUGCAGCUCACGGCCCUGCUGGGCCCACCUCAGGCAGCAGAGGCUGCGGAGGCUACGGCUGCCGCCUCGGAGCCGGGGCUCUGGGAAAAGGUCUCCGCCUUCUUCUUCGACCCGCGGCUUCAGUGGGACGAGAAUGGCAACAUCCUCCUGGAUCCCCAGGGCAACCCGCUCCCCGACAACCUGUGGACCCAGUUCGUCGCGUUCCAAGCCACGCUCAUCAAGCGCCUGGAUGAGGCCAUCUCCGGUCUCGGCAUCCCCCAGUCCUUCGGUUUCGCGGUGGCCACCUACACCCUGCUGAUCAGGACGCUCCUCUACCCUUUCGUGAAAGGUCAGUUGGAGACGACUGCGAAGAUCCAGGUCUUGGCCCCCCGCGUGAACGAGAUUCGAGAGAAGUACAAGGACGACGAGGAGCGCCUGCAGCAAGAGGUGGGGAUGCUCUACAUGGACCUCCAGGUCGAUCCACUUGGUGCGGUACUUCCGUUGCUGCUUCAGCUGCCUGUCUUCUGGGGUCUGUACCGUGCCAUCCGGCGCCUGGCGAUCGUGGAGUAUCCUCACCUCAAGGAGCCCUUCCUGUGGAUCCCGUCGCUGUACGGCCCGAAUUUCAAGCCCGACCCAAGCUUCGACUGGAUCACUCAGUGGCAGGGACCCCUCAUCGAGCUGCAUCCAAAGAUUGGCUGGGAGACCUUCUCGCUCUAUGCGAUCCUGCCGGCCACCAUCUUCGUCUCCUACCGCUAUGUGCUGUCGGAGGCCCUGGAGGAUGAGAACGCGCCAAAGCUUCUGCAGUUCACCCCGUUCCUCCUGAGCUUCCUGACAAUCGAGCUCCCACAGGCUAUGGGCAUCUACAUCGCCACCAACAUCGCCUCCUCCUUGGCCCUGACGACCUACACCAAGAACCAGAUCUCCAGCCAGAUCCCAGGCUACGAGGAGUUUGUGAAGACGGGCAAGUGGCCACCCGGCGUGGACCCCGAGAAAGUCCUGGCCAAGGCCUUCGGCGUUAAGCGCCUCACCGCCCAGCCGGAGGAUCCGCAGAGCGUUCCAGAGGCCGUCUUUGCCGGACGCGCGGACCACAUCCCCACCUUGCUGGAGGAGGGGCGUAAGAUCGACGAGUUUGACGACCGGGGAAUCCCUGCAAGCAUGUACACUCUGGCCCUGGACAACUCCGACCUCCUGGAGCGCCUCUUUGAAUUGGGUGCCGACCCCCGCGUUCGUGACAAGAGGGGCAACACGCUGCUCCACUACGCCUCGGGCUACGGAAGAGCAGCCUUUAUUCCCUUCCUCUUGGACAAGGGCUUCACUGAUCUCCUGGAUGCCGUCAACGAGGACGGGCAGACGCCUUUGGAUGUGGCGAGGCUGAACUUGUCGCAGGAGAAGGUCGCAGAUGAGGUCCGACCCGUCAUCGCCAAGCUCGUCGAAGUCGGCGCCACGGGAAAGGUGACGACCGCAGAGGACGAAGAGCGCUUCGAGAAGGCACGGGAGGAAAAGAUCCGUGAGCAGCAGGUCACACAAGCCCGCUCCGCCCUGAAAGCCCUGGCGAUGGCUGCGCAGAAUCUCGGAAUCGAUUUUGGUUACACAGGGAUACAUUGGGUUUCUGUGGUUCCUUGA